CGCUGCCGCGGCGGCGAACGGCGGAGGAGAUGCGCGCGCUGGAAGAGGCGCCCGCCCGCACCCCUCGGUAGCGGCGGGAACGGUCCGGGCAGGCGGCCGCGCUCGGUGCCUGUGGCGGGAGGCUCGGGGCGGGAGGCAGCUGCCUUCAGUGCCCGCGGCGGGGACGGUCCGGGCAGGCGGCCGCGCUCGGUGCCUGUGGCGGGGGGCUCGGGUCGGGAGGCAGCCGCCGUGCCCGCGGCGGGAGCCAAGCCCCGGUGACAGCCCGUGCCGUGUGCUGACUCCCGGCUGAGAUCCCGGAGCUGAACUCUUCGUGGUUCGCUUUUAAGAUCUUCCCGCUUUGGGGCAGUGAAGUGGCAGCAAGGGUGGCGGGGCUAGCUGGGCUUCACCUUCCGAGGCCCGGUUGGGUGCUUAGGAGAGGGAUAGCUGAAGCAAAUGGCUCACCCUGCAAAUCUUUCUGCAUCUUACAGCCUUUGUUUAACAGAAUUAAUUACAAGUAUUCAGAGAGACGCACAUUAAAUUAUUUUUAGGAUAGUGUCCACCAUGCUUCUGUCCCAUCACGGACUGCUGUUUGGUUUGUGGCCCAGUGAUGCUUUUUUAACAUGGACAUGGAGGGUUUUUCUUCAGAUACCGUGGAAGAGAGAGACGAGAAAACUUACUAGUGGAAGGAUAGAUAGACUCUUGAACUGUUGCUUAAAAGGAAGAAUAUUUCAUGUGUUACCAUGUCUGAAGGUGCUUUAUUGGAAGAGGACAUUUGGGAGUACAAAUCCAUUAGGAAGCAAAAGCAUCAGAGUAAUUCAGAGAGCAUCUCUGCAGCUGUGCAGAACAUAAGUGAUGGCAAGAGCAGGCCAAAAAGAAAAAGAAACAGAAAUAAAAAGAAAUCUGUAGAAAAAACUGACACUCUUCAGAAAAACGAGCAGAGCUCAAGGCCAAAUCAGGAUGUAGAUCAGUGUCAAGAUGACAAUAGUGUGCACUCCCAGGAAAGUGUGAGUAGCCUGCCAGAACAGAGCUCACAACAUGCAAAGCCCAUUCAUGAUGGAUACUGUCCUAGCUGCCAGAUGCCUUUCUCUUUGCUAUUGGUCCAGACACCGCGAUGGCACGUUGCUGAAUGUCUGGAUGCUCCAGGACCUGUUGAAAAAGAGUGUCCUGAUGGUUUACUGUGCACUUCCACCAUUCCAUCUCACUACAAGCGUUACAGCCAUUUUCUGCUUGCAGCAAGCAGGGCAGGAGAGUACCUUGUAAACUCUUCAGUGAAUGGUUUGGAGGGGAAGGUGACAUGUUCUACCAUUGCAAAUCCCAGCUAUUCCCCAACUCGUGUAGAGAAAACCUCACAGGAUGAAAAAUCAUCUGAUAAUGUAAAAAAUGUCCUGAAUGCCAACUAUACAUUGAUGGUACAGAGUUCACCGCAAGUGAAGGCUCUAAAUAAAAUCAGUGAAAGUACUUCCUCUUUUGCAGAUGUUCAAAAGCCUCAAGAUACAGUUCAGCUCACACAGACUACAGGUAACGGUUGUGAAUUUGAAUUUUAUGACGUAGCAUCGUCUCAAGAAAGUGAAACAGGAGAUCUGUGUAGUCAGAAAGAUACAAGUCAGCCAAGUCUACUACAGUCAAAAGUAGACUUCAGUGACUGUGAAAUUUCUUAUUCUCCACUUAGCACUUUUGAGGAAAGUGAAGAGGAAACUGAGGAAGAGAAGAAAGUAAAAAUAUCACAAAAUAAAUUAUCCAAAGUCCAGAACUUCGAAGAUGAAGAAGCUGAUUCAGUGGUGUUUAAGACAUUUGAUGGACUUUUCUUACAGCAGAAGCCUCAGUAUGAAGAUACCAAAAAGCAAAAUUUCAUAGUUAAACCCUCCCACAGUGAGGAAGUAAAAUUGAACCAACUAGGUCAUGGUGUAAAAACUGUUCCUCAGAGUCACAUGAACAGGCAGUUCUGUAACGCAACAUGUGGAGAUGAUCAGCAUCAGCAAGAUGGAUCCUCUUUUAAUAGCAAGAAGGUUGAAGAGCCAGCAUUGUUUUCCUCUGUGGCUAAAGCAGGUAACACAAUAUCAGAAGAUACUGGUGCUUGUGCUUUGGAUUCUGCAUACGUGAGUUGUACCGAGACCUCAUUGCUACUAGUCAGAGAAGAGGCUGGGUCUCUUCUGACACAGAAAAAUAACGUUUUGAAGGACCCAAUUAGCAUUUUAACUAAUACGGAUAACAUGACUGCCAAUGCAAUUGAAAAAACAGCUCACCAGGGGAGUUUGCAGUCAGUAGGGGAGAAAGAAGGGAGUUUUAAUACAGCUGCUGUGUGCUUUCCCAGCCCAAUCUCUAAAACAGUACCAUCUCUUUCUUUAGCAAGUAUGAGUGCCAAAUCCAGUUCUGCCAAAGAACUCAAACAGAUGGACAUUGGUGUUUUCUUUGGGCUAAAACCCAAAGUAAAAGAGGAAAGCAAAGGAGAGACAGGUUUGAGUGAGGGAAAGCAGAUACCAAGUUCAGUAACUGCCGAUGGAAAGAGGCCCAGACAGCAAAAAAAGAAAGCUGAAGGUUGUGUGGAAGAUGUAGAGGGAAAACAGAUAUCAGGUUCAGUAACUCCCAAUGGAAAGAGGCCCAGGCAGCAAAAAAGGAAAGCCGAAGGCUCUGUGGAAGAUAUAGAGGGCAAAGAGACACCAGGUUCAGUAACUCCCAAAGGAAAGAAGCCCACGCCACAAAAAAGGAAAGCUGAAGAGUCUGUGGAAGAUGUAGAAGCAGUUGCAGAAAGUUCAAGUAAAAAUGGAGCCUUUGCAGAUGUAAGUUCCAGUGGCCAACACAGGUGGAGAAAAAAAUUUAAAGAAUUGUCUACUCCAGGAGAAGGAACAAGAAAAAAACACUGCCCUUUCUACAAGAAAAUACCAGGAACUGGUUUCACAGUAGAUGCCUUCCAGUAUGGAGAAAUUGAAGGCUGCACAGCUUAUUUCCUUACUCAUUUUCAUUCUGAUCACUAUUGUGGGCUAACUAAAAACUCCAUGUUUCCAAUCUACUGUAAUAAGGUGACUGGCAAUCUGGUGAAGAGCAAACUUCGAGUCAAAGAGCAGUACGUCCACGUGCUGCCGAUGGACACAGAGUGUAUAGUGAACGGGAUCAAAGUGUUGUUGCUUGAUGCUAAUCAUUGCCCAGGUGCAUCAAUGAUCCUUUUCUGGCUGCCGAGCGGAACUGUUAUCCUGCACACAGGAGACUUCAGGGCAGAUCCUUCUAUGGAGCGCUACCCUGCUUUGGUUGGUCAACAAGUCCAUACCCUUUACCUUGAUACCACUUACUGUAGUCCUGAAUACACUUUUCCUUCUCAACAAGAGGUUAUCCAGUUUGCUGUCAACACUGCCUUUGAGACAGUGACUUUAAACCCACGUACUCUAGUUGUCUGUGGCACCUAUUCCAUCGGAAAAGAGAAAGUAUUUUUAGCAAUUGCUGAAGUUCUGGGCUCAAAAGCAAGCAUGUCCCGUGAUAAGUACAAAACUCUGCAGUGCCUGGAGUCUGCAGCUGUUAAUUCCCUCAUCAGUAUGGACUGGCAUGGUAGUUUGCUUCACAUUCUUCCUAUGAUGCAAAUUAAUUUUAAGGGCUUGCAAGAGCAUCUGAAUAAGUUUUCUGACAAUUUCGAUCAAGUUCUGGCUUUCAGACCUACUGGGUGGACCUACUCUGAUUCAUGCCUUUCUCUGGUGGAUAUCAAACCUCAGACAAGAGGAAAGAUCACCAUAUAUGGGAUUCCUUACAGUGAACACAGCAGUUACCUGGAAAUGAAGCGUUUUGUUCAGUGGCUGAAGCCACAGAAAAUCAUCCCCACUGUAAACGUUGGGGACUGGAGAGCCAGAAGCUUGAUGGAGCAGCAUUUUAGAGACUGGAUGAUUGAGAGCAGCAUGCAUAAAUAAAUAUAGGGAUGAAUAUGCACUUCAAAGGAGGUUGGCUGGAGUGGGAAUGAUGAGUUCCUGUGAGUUUUUCUUUAUCUCCUUUUCCCAUGGACCUCUCUUUAGGGAGAACUGAGCUGCUGUUCUCCCGGGAAAGCUGAGUUUGGAGGAAAAAAAAAAGCACUUUGUUUCCUUAUGUACCUACUGCUUGUAUUGCCCAUAACUUAAUAUCUUUUUUGUUAUACAUAUUUUUAUUAUUGGUUAUUUUUACCUUGCUCCUUUUCCUCUUUCUUAACUUCCCUCAGAUUGUGGAGAUGCCCAGGUGUGUAAUGCUGGGGAAGAAAAACCACCUCGGGUUAAUAAUGUCUGAAAAGAAGUUAUUGUACUAAAUGAGAUGAUAUUAAAUGUAUGUCACAUGGUGUCAACUUCAGAGAAGCUUGCUUAGUGAGGGAGAACUGGCUGUUGUCAUUUAAAUGUGGUAAAUACAUUUUACCUUGUGAGAGAGGAUUGGCUGGGGCCCUUGCAGCAUUCUGUACUUCAGGGAAGGAUUUUUAUAAAGCUUUGCUACCUACACUCUGCUCAAGGUUUUCUGAUCUUUUUAUUAUUGUUUCUUAAAAAUA